AACUGUUCGGCUUUCAUUUGUGCCUGUCAUUCUGCGACUCUUUGCAAAAUUCCAACUUGAUUUCUGUGUGUUAUAAAUUAAAUAAAAUGAUGAACAAUAGCUUUGCACCACCAAUGUGGCAAAAUGGACCGGCACCCGGCCAGUUCUACAAUUUCAUUGGUGGCAACGCGCCAGCACAGCUGCCCCGUGAAUUAACAACUGCAGGUCCCUUUGGCACCAAGCACAGCACUGCUGCCAUCACCACUGGCUCCUCUGUGCUGGGCAUUAAAUUCGAUGGCGGUGUCAUGGUGGCCGCUGAUACAUUGGUCUCCUACGGAUCUCUGGCACGCUAUCAGAACAUUGAUCGUGUUUUCAAGAUUAAUGACAAAAUAUUGAUCGGUGGCAGUGGAGACUUUGCAGACAUACAGUCAAUUAAGCGUAAUAUCGAUCAGAAGAUGAUCGAGGAUCAGUGCUGCAAUGAUGGUGUGAUCAUGAAACCCAAGGCUAUGGCCACCUGGAUGACUCGCGUCCUCUACAAUCGUCGCUCGCGCAUGAAUCCUCUUUACAUCGACGUCGUUGUUGGCGGUAUCGAUGAGAACAAUGUACCCUUUUUGGGCUCUGUGGAUCUGCGUGGUCGCGCCUAUGAUGAUUAUGUGGUUGCCACCGGUUUUGCACGCCAUUUGGCCCUUCCACUCGUACGUGAGCGCAAACCUAAAGAUCGUGACUUUACCUUCGAGGAAGCUAGCAAUUUGAUUCGUGAAUCCAUGAAGGUGUUGUACUAUCGUGAUACACGCAGCAUGCCAAGAUACACAGUGGGCAUUUGCUCUGCCGCCGAUUGUAGCAUUAAAGGUCCUUUUAAAGUCGAAGAGAAUUGGACCUUUGCUGAAACCGUUAAGGGCUACUAAGCGGCAUUUAAAUAUAUACAGAAUGUAAUUAAGCACACACAUGAGACACAUUUACAAAAUAAAGCCUGAGGUUCUUUUGGAAAAUAUAAAAA